AUGAGGCUGACGUGCAGAGAGAAGUACCAAGUGGUGGUGAGAGCACAGCAGCAUUUGAACCCCAGCAUUCAGAUGUGCCUGAAUCUUCCAGGAAUUCUUGGUUAUAACACUGGGAUCUUCAAUGGCAGGAGAAACAGUGAUCAGAAGACCGAGAUGAAUUUUAACACUAUUCUGGAAGAGAUUCUUAUUAAGAGGUCACAGCAGAAAAAGAAGACGUCGCCCUUAAACUACAAAGAGAGACUUUUUGUGCUCACAAAGUCCAUGUUGACCUACUAUGAGGGUCGCCCAGAGAAAAAGUACAGAAAGGGAUUUAUUGAUGUGUCAAAAAUCAAGUGUGUGGAAAUAGUGAAGAACGAUGAUGGUGUCAUUCCCUGUCAAAAUAAAUAUCCAUUUCAGGUUGUGCAUGAUGCUAACACACUUUACAUUUUUGCACCUAGUGCACAAAGCAGGGACCGGUGGGUAAAGAAGUUAAAAGAAGAAAUAAAGAACAACAAUAAUAUUAUGAUUAAAUACCAUCCUAAAUUUUGGGCAGAUGGAAGUUAUCAGUGUUGCAGACAAACUGAAAAACUAGCACCUGGAUGUGAAAAAUAUAAUCUUUUUGAAAGUAGUAUAAGAAAAGCACUACCUCCAACACCAGCACCAGAAAUAAAGAAACGAAGGCCGCCUCCACCAAUUCCGCCUGAAGAAGAAAAUGGUGAAGAAAUAGUUGUAGCCAUGUAUGAUUUCCAAGCGACGGAAGCACAUGAUCUCAGACUAGAGAGAGGCCAGGAGUAUAUCAUAUUGGAAAAGAAUGAUGUUCAUUGGUGGAAAGCAAGAGAUAAAUACGGGAGUGAAGGAUAUAUCCCAAGUAAUUAUGUGACAGGAAAGAAAUCAAACAACUUAGAUCAAUAUGAAUGGUAUUGCAGAAAUAUGAAUAGGAGCAAAGCCGAGCAACUCCUUAGAAGUGAGGAUAAAGAAGGUGGUUUUAUGGUAAGAGAUUCCAGUCAACCAGGCAUGUACACAGUCUCCCUUUAUACAAAGUUUGGAGGCGAGGGUUCCUCAGGUUUCAGGCAUUACCAUAUAAAGGAAACAAUGACAUCUCCAAAGAAGUAUUAUCUGGCAGAAAAACAUGCUUUUGGUUCAAUUCCUGAGAUUAUUGAAUAUCAUAAGCACAAUGCAGCAGGACUUGUCACAAGGCUGCGGUACCCAGUUAGCACAAAGGGGAAGAAUGCACCAACUACUGCAGGAUUCAGCUACGAAAAAUGGGAGAUUAACCCUUCAGAGCUGACCUUUAUGAGGGAGUUGGGGAGUGGACUGUUCGGAGUGGUGAGGCUCGGCAAGUGGCGAGCUCAGUACAAAGUAGCCAUCAAAGCUAUUCGGGAAGGGGCCAUGUGUGAGGAAGACUUCAUAGAAGAAGCUAAAGUGAUGAUGAAACUGACACACCCGAAGUUAGUACAACUUUAUGGUGUAUGCACGCAGCAGAAACCCAUUUACAUUGUUACUGAGUUCAUGGAGAGGGGAUGCCUUCUGAAUUUCCUCCGGCAGAGACAAGGCCAUUUCAGUAGAGAUAUUCUGCUGAGCAUGUGUCAAGAUGUGUGUGAAGGGAUGGAGUACCUGGAGAGAAACAGCUUCAUCCACAGAGACCUGGCUGCCAGAAAUUGUCUAGUAAAUGAGGCAGGAAUUGUGAAAGUGUCUGAUUUCGGAAUGGCUAGGUAUGUCCUGGAUGAUCAGUACACGAGUUCUUCUGGUGCUAAAUUUCCUGUGAAGUGGUGUCCACCUGAGGUGUUUAAUUACAGCCGCUUUAGCAGCAAAUCAGAUGUCUGGUCAUUUGGUGUCUUAAUGUGGGAAGUAUUCACUGAAGGCAGAAUGCCCUUUGAGAAAAACACCAACUAUGAAGUGGUAACCAUGGUUACCCGCGGCCACCGACUGCACCAGCCAAAAUUGGCCUCCAGAUAUGUAUACGAGGUGAUGCUGAGAUGUUGGCAGGAGAAACCGGAGGGAAGGCCUUCCUUUGAAGAUCUGCUGCGCACGAUAGAUGAACUAGUCGAAUGUGGAGAAACUUUUGGAAGAUGA